AUGCCAAGAGGUGUGCCUAAAGACCGACCCGAAGAGGUCGCGAUGAAGUUCACGUCGUUCUUUAUUCCUCCACUAAUCAACAGCAAAAAUGCGUCCUCGGGAUAUCUGAAGAACGAGAAUCAGAAUGUGUGGGCUAGAAAUGCCUUACAUGGAGGCGCGGGAGGAAAACGCAAGCGUACCCCAAGUGAACCGGAGGCUCCCCAGCCCACACUACCGUCUGCGGAGCCAGAGAAACGAGGAUUGGAUGUUCUGAUUAUCCAUCCUGGUUCUCGCUACCUUCGUGUGGGCCGCGCAUCAGACCCCAAUCCCAUAAGUGUUCCUCAUGUUAUUGGGCGCAAAGUCAAACAAUUGGGAGACCGACUCCCUGAGCCAUCGCCAUGCUGUGUGCAUCGAUUCAACCCUUCCGUUUCAACCUCCAAGAGGAGUGUCGUUCCUCCAGAAGGAGCAGAGCCAUUGCCCAAAGAGUUUAAAGUCGAGGUUGAUACAGAAGAUGAGGCAUGUCUUCAAUUGACAGACCUCAAAGUCGGCAAUAUCAGAUGGCACCUUCGUUCAAGAAUGCAUAAGUUUGGAUUCAAAGCCAUCCGUGACGGCUCUCAGCAGGCGGCAAAAUACAACAAGAACGCAAAACCCUCGGCACUGCCGAAUGAUCCUGAAGCUAACACGACACUAAGCCUUGAAGCUGGAGAAGAAUUCGUUGUCUUCUGCAUCCCUGAGUCUGACUUAUCGAGUUUUUCUAUUCGAUGGCCAAUCCGAGGCAGCAAGUUCAAUACUCUCUUAUACCGCUCUAGAAUUGAGAUUUUAAGCGACAUUCAGAUCAUAUGGACGAGUGUGCUUCAUGAUAAUCUCCUUAUUGCGCCAGAUUCAUAUCGGGAUUAUUCAGUGAUGCUUAUUGUCCCUGACUGUUGGGAGAGAGUAUACGUCCGGGAUUUGGCCAACUUGCUGCUGAUUCAGAUGGGAUUCCGUCGAUUGUGUGUUCAACAAGAAUCUGUUUGUUCCUCCUUUGGUGCUGGUCUGGGAUAUGCAUGCGUCGUUGAUAUUGGCGCCACGAAAACCAGUGUUGCCUGUGUGGAUGAAGGACUUGUCCUCCCUGAAACGAGACUAAACCUGGACUUUGGGGGAGAUGACAUCUCGGAAUUCUUCUUUUUCUUGCUUCGGCGGAUCAAUUUACCAUUCCAUCUCGAAGGCGAGAAUCUUUGGCGGAAGUUGUAUUACUGGAACAUGAUUGAAGAUUUCAAGGCCAGGAGCGCCACACUCGCUGAAGUAUGUCUUCGUUCUCCUGCACUGUAUCUUCCCAGCAAAAACCCCAUUCAGGUGGAUGUGGAUAUCAUUCCCUACGAGAUCUUCCUGAGGCCCCCUGGACGGACAACUCAGAGGUGCACUCUUAAGGUAUAUGAUGAGCCAAACGUAGCUUCAAUGCUGUUAUUCCACCCUGAUAUCGUGGACUUUGUGGCGAAGCACUCAUCCGACAACACAUUAUGGAUUGCUAAGCAGGUAGAUGAUUUGGGCGUCCUUCCUGAACCGACAGUUAGCAAUGGUAUCAGCAACGGCCCACCUAAUACCGGAGCCGGGACCACCCCACCAGCGGAUUCAGCCCAGCUGGAAACCACUGAGGCACCUGUCGUAGACUCAAUGGCGCCAGUAGUUCCCAAGGUCGAGGAGGACGCUAUUCCCAUCAGCUCAUCAAAGAACAAGCCACCAUCAACGACGCCCGCCGCUGAAGAUCUUGUGACUAUAUCCGUGGAACCCGGAUCGAAGUUGCAGUCGUCUCCAAUAGAUAUCAGAAUGGUGUCUAGUCAUCAACCACUUGACGUGGCCGCGUUCCACAGUAUACGGGCCAGUUCCGCUAAUCCUGGCCCUGGCGGAGCUGAACGAUGGAAGAAGAUGUUGUCUUGCGUUCUUGUCGUCGGGGGAACCGCCCUGACCCCUGGGAUGCUGCAUGCUCUGGAAAGCCGACUGAAAAUCCUGGUGGCUUCAAAUAUGCCGGGUUUGGAAGACUCAGUUGCAGUGAUUCCCGCCCCGAAGGAAAUAGAUCCUCGGAUAUUGGCUUGGAAGGGCGCUGGUGUGUUGGCCAAGCUCGAGUCACUGAACGAUCAAUGGAUACAGGCCGGAGACUGGGACGUUUUGGAAAUGAGAGCAUUGAAAGAAAGAUCUUUAUUUUUCUGA